AUGAGCCGCCCCUGGGUUGUGCGCCUUAUGCCGUUGGAAGUGCUGCUACCGCUGCUGCCGCUGCUCCUCGGGACGCAGCCCCAAGGCAGUCCCAGCCCACUGCACUGCUACAGCGUCGGUCCCUUGGGAAUCCUGAACUGCUCCUGGGAACCUCUGGGCAACUUAGAGACUCCGCCUGUGCUGUAUCACCGGAGUCAGAAAUACCAUUCUGAAAGAACCCAUGAGGUGAAGGUGCCUUCCAGGCAGAGCUGGGUGACCAUUCCCCGGGAACAGUUCACCAUGGCCGACCAACUCCUCAUCUGGGGAACACAAGGAGGAAAACUUCUCUGGCCCCCUAACUUUGUGAACCUGGAGACCCAAAUGAAGCCAGACAGCCCGCAGCUCUUCCCUGAUGUGGACUUUUCUGAGGAAAUGCCUCUGGAGGCCAUUGUGCCCUGGGCCCCGCCCUUGUGGCCACCUCAAAAGGUUCUCAUUUGUCAAUUCCGGUACAAAAGACGCCAGGGCCAGGAGUGGACCCAGCUGGAGCCACAGCUGAAGACCGACCAGCUGACUCCUGUUGAGAUGCAGAACCUGGCACCUGGCACCAGAUACCAGGUAUCCGGCCGCUGCCGAGUGGAGAACGGCUAUCCAUGGGGCGAGUGGAGCCCGGACCUGUCCUUCCAGACACCACUCUUGGCUCCUGAAGACGUGUGGGUAUCGGGGGCCGUCUGUGACACGUCCGCCAAUCGGACAGCCCUGCUUCACUGGAAGGACCCAGGACCCUGCGUGCAGGUGACUUACAGAGUCUGGUUUGGGGAUGGAAAUACCACCAGGACUCAAGAGGUCCUGUGCUGCAAGUCCCCCAUCCCUGCACUGAUGGAGUGGGCUGCGGUGUCCACUGGCAACAGCAGCAGCCGGGCACCUCUCACCAACAUGUCUUUGGUGUGCUUGGGCCCAGAAUCUGCCCCCCGUGACGUGGUAGUCGGUAACACUGAUGGAAGGCCAGGGCUAAAGGUGACUUGGAAACAAGGGACCAGGAAACCGUGGGAGUAUGUGGUGGACUGGGUUCAAGAUGAUGACAGCCUGGACAAGGUCAACUGGACCCAUCUCCCCCCUGACAACCUCAGCACCUUGUUACCAGGGGUUUUUGAAGGAGGGGUCCCCUAUCGAAUUACAGUGACUGCAGUCUACUCAGGGGGACUAGCUGCUGCACCCUCAGUUUGGGGAUUCAUAGAGGAAUCAGUACCCCUUGCUGGGCCAGCGGUUUGGAGACUCCAUGAUGACCCCCCAGGGACACCGGCUGUAGCCUGGGGAGAGGUACCAAGACGCCAGCUCCGGGGCCACGCUACUCACUACACCCUGUGCAUGGAGGGCAGAGGCAUGGUCUGCAUGAAUGUGAGCAGUAACACCCAGACUGUCACUCUGCCUAACCUUCACUUGGGUUCCUUCAAGCUGUGGGUGACAGUGUCCACCACUGCAGGACAGGGCCCACCUGGUCCCAGCCUUUGGCUUCAUCUACAAGAUAGUGGGAUCAGGUGGAAAGUUCUGCCCUGGGUCCUGUCCCUGUGGGGUUUGCUCCUGAUGGGCGGUGUCCUGAGCCUGGCCAUUACCAGGUGCUUCCAGCAGGAAAGUAAGCUGCUUCCUCAAUGGCUCUGGGAGAGGGUCCCUGACCCUGCCAACAGCAAGUCUGGGCAACCUUAUAUAAAGGAGGUCAGCCUGCCCCAACCACCCAAGGAUGGACCCAUUCUGGAAGUGGAGGAAAUGGAGCUACAGACUGUUACAGAGUCCCCGAGAGCCUCGGCCCCACUUCACUCUGGGUAUGAGAAACACUUCCUGCCCACACCAGAGGAGCUGGGCCUUCUGAGGCCUCCGGCCCCCAGGUUCUAGCCUGCUCUGCCUCAGGCUAGAGGCUGUAUCGCCAUCUUGGAUUAGACUUUUUGUUUGUUGGUUGGUUGGUUGGUUUUUUGAGACAGGAUCUCAUUAUGGCUGAAACUCAAUAUAUAAACCAGGCUGGCCUGGAACUCACACAGAUUACCUGGUUCUGCCUCCCAAGGACUGAAAGUAAAAAUGUGUGCCACCAUGCCCAACCAACUUUUUGGGU